AUGGUAAGGGCCUACCGAACGGUCUCCUUGAACGCCGUUCUGCUCCUGGCGGGGAUACUUCCCCUCGAUCUCAGAGUUUGGGAAGCAGCCUCUCUGUAUGAAGUGAGAAGGGGUGUUACUCUGCCGGAGCUGGGGGACAGGGAGGUAGAAAGAAGUGCCAAGUAUGCCACACUACCACAUCCGGCAACAAAUAGAGACUACAAAUUCACAAGCCUCACGGAUCAGGAAGAAGUAAACAGGCACAACGAUCAAGCAGUGAGAAUCUAUACAGAUGGUAGCAAAAUUGAGGGCAAGGUUGGCGCAGCAAUAUCCAUAUGGAAUGAUGUGUCUGAAACCAAAGCCCUCAAGCUAAAGCUAGAUUCUCACUGCACGGUCUAUCAGGCUGAACUUCUAGCAGUAGAAAAAGCGACCACCCUGAUCCUAGAGAGCCAAGAGCAGACGUUCGGUAUCUACAGCGUCUCCAGAUCAUUCCUCGAGGCGGUGAUUGGUGGACAUUCCCUCCACCCCCUAGUGACCAAAAUAAGAGGCAAUUUAAAUAAUUGCCACUCCCAAAAUAAAACUGUUUCGUUAUUUUGGGUGAAAGCCCACGCAGGGUUGGAGGGUAAUGAGAGGGCCGAUAAACUGGCAAAAGAAGCAGCGCUCAACCUCAAGCGCAAACCUGACUAUGACCAAUGCCCGAUUUCAUUCGUCAAGCGUCAGCUUCGAAUAAAAACAAUGGAGGAAUAG